AUGAACACUGGACUGAAACACUGGAAGGAGGCGGCCACUCUCAUUUUAGCCACGGGUCACAGGCUCGGCGGGGACACUUUAUCCACACGGACAGUUGCGUGUUCUCAGCCGGGCAACACCGAAGGACGACCUCGGGCCCCUCAAGUCUUUGACUACAAUGUUUUGCUCCUUAAACGAAGCAGUAAAAGUGGAUUCAUGCCUAACGCCUAUGUGUUUCCCGGAGGUUUGGUGGACUCUUCCGACUUUUCUAGUGAGUGGUUGGACAUCUUCAAAGCUUUUACAAACUCUCCGAACUUUGGUUUAAGGAGGGUCACGCAACCCCCUGAUACCAGACCGCCGAUUUUUGCUACCGACAGGCUUAAACUGGGCUCACCAAUCCCAGGCGAAGUCGCCUUCCGUAUCUGCGCCUUGAGGGAGACAUUCGAGGAAUCUGGCGUUCUGCUUUUCGUUUCCAAAGAAGACCAGUUGGGCUUGUUAAAGAGCAUCAACGACAGAAGCGCUACUGAUGAAAUCAAGCACUACAAAGUAAAUCAGCUGUGCAGCAGUGAAUUGAACAGGUGGAGGACUCUGGUGAACCAGAACCCGUCCAAUUUCGUCAGAAUGUGCAGGGAGCUGGAGGUGCUGCCUAACAUCUGGGCACUCCACGAGUGGUCCAACUGGCUGACCCCUGAGAGAGGAUAUGGCGUGAAGAGGUUCGAUACGGCUUUCUUCAUAUGCUGUCUGGAGGACAGACCACACGCCCUCCAAGACCAGAAAGAAAUUGAACACUUUCAGUGGUCAGCACCAGCAGACGUCCUGCGAAGCUUUCAGGCUCGUGACUUGUGGAUCGCUCCCCCGCAAUUCUAUGAGCUGAGACGCUUGUGCCGUUUCGCCUCGCUGAGCAACCUCCACGCAUUCGCCAGGCAGCGCAGCACAGACGGCUGCGAACGUUGGCUGCCUGUCAUCUUCUUACAGGAAGACAGCUACAUAUCAGUGCUGCCAGGAGACCAACUGUACCCGAACAAUUCAGACAAGAUUGAGGUGGACACAAAGGCAGAGCAUGGUGAAGGUUCUGAGUCAGCACUGCACCGUUUCCUGAUCUCAGACCCCUACAGUCCAUGCCUGGAGGUCAACAUCGCACCCAAGUAUAACCACAUGCUGCCCCUCACUGGACCCUUGGACUCCACAACCCCUGUGUGA